AUGAAUAAGCUGAAGAAGGUGAGGACAAGAGACGAUAUGUGGAUUGUGGAAGAAGAUUACCACACCGGAGUAUCAGCCUCGGUGCCAUUCCAGUGGGAGUCAGAGCCAGGCACUCCCAAGGCCAAUUUCCCUGAAAAUGGGGCCUUCCUCUCUCCUCUCACGCCCCCACCUUCCUAUUUCUCCACUAAUCCCAACUCCCCCCUCGGCCUUAAUUCUUCUAAGCCCUUUCAUAGAGCCAGUUUCCUCAACAAUGUCUUCAGAAAGCUUUCUAUGAAGGCCAGUCUGCAGCCUCGAUCGCCCGGCUCUUUGUUGUCAUCUUCGUCUUCGAGUUCUAGCAGCAGGGAAAGAGGGACACCCGGAAGCCCGAGGAGAUUAUCAUUUGAUUCGAGGGUAGACGAUGACAACGGCAACGAAGAGGAGAAUGUUGAAUCACCUGUUUCUACUUUGUCCUUUGGACAUGGAAAUGAUGAAGGAUGCUACCCAAAGUUGGUUAAGGUAUUUACUAGAGAUUCUAAAUGA